AGAGCAGAUAAAUUUUGUAUAAGGCUGUUUUUGCGGUCGGGUCCUACAAUGCUACCAAUGCUGCUUGUGCUACUGAUAACGUGUAGUGCGCAUGGGUCAAAAAGCCCACGAUGUGGCCAUCAUUGCGCACGCGUCACCCACACCGGCAAACUGUGUCCCUUGCGCACACCGGACGUUCGCCGCAACGCCGCAAUACGCAGCAGCCGCGAAAAUCACGCGAACUACAUACUACCACCGGAAAGCGGAGAUAACGGCGAACACGCAAGCUACCAGCGCAGCCGCUUAUCAGACUGGCCAAGCGGGAUACGCAGUAACUCCGGCGGCGACUGCUGCCACAUACACUCAGCGACCCGCCGCCGCCGCGGCCACAGGUUACGAAACGUAUCAAGCAGCUGCUGCUGCUGCCGCUACCGGGACCACGUACGCCGCUGCGAAUCCUGGUACCGUGGCUCAGACUUACGAUUACGGUUACGGACGGGCUGCUCCAGCAGCUACGUACGACGCUACCAAAACUUACUAUCAACAACCUGCUGCGGCUGCGGCGACUUAUACCACCACUGAGACACAUUACCAAGCUGCCAAGCCCGCAUACAGUACGACCAGUGCUUACACGGGUACCGCGAGGCAGGCCACUACCACGGGACAAGCUAAAACGUAUCAGGCAUCCAGCACAGCUUAUCAGCAGUCGAAUCCUACCCAAAGUGCAACCUAUUCCUCAGGGUACACUGCGCCUGCCACGCCUGCUGCUACACCAUCAACAGCGACAAAUAAAACGGCGAGUACAACGUAUUCCGGCUACGACGCAGCGCUAUAUAGCGCUGCGACUAUGUAUGUAGCCCAACAGAGUGCAAACAGCAAUUCGACUAACCAGAAGACUGGAGGUUGGCAGGGCUACGGGCGGAAAGGAUUCGGAACUGGAGGGGGAGGGAUGAAGGCAAUGCGGCCGAAACAACCUCCCAAGCCUCAGCAACUACACUAUUGCGAUGUCUGUAAGAUCAGCUGUGCGGGGCCCCAAACGUACCGUGAGCACCUCGAGGGACAGAAGCACAAGAAGAAGGAGGCAUCUCUCAAGGUGCCACAGCAGCCGCCAGCCCGCGGAGCAGGAAACAGUCUACGUUGCGAGUUGUGCGAUGUCACCUGUACCGGAAACGACGCCUAUGCUGCCCACAUCAGGGGCGCUAAGCAUCAGAAGGUCGUUAAGCUGCAUACCAAACUCGGGAAACCGAUACCGAGCGCAGAUCCGACCGUUCUUAACCCGAAACCGGCGGCGGCGGCUAAAUCGGCCGGAGGAGUUAAAAAGCCUAUAGUUACGGCCACUCCGAAGAUCAAUUUCGUCGCUUCUGGGAACUUGGGAACCGUGAAUCAGAAUCAAGCGACAGAAAUCAAGCAAGAGGACACUUCUACGACGGAGGAAACAGUGGAGGAAGCGUCCGUUGACGAGAAAGAUAUUCAACCGGUCGGUCAAGAAUAUAUCGAGGAGAACAAGUCGGAAGACGGGAAGAUAAUAAGCUUUAAUUGUAAGCUUUGCGAGUGUAGAUUUAAUGACCCUAAUGCCAAAGACAUGCAUAUGAAAGGACGGAGGCAUAGAUUCGCCUACAAGAAGAAGGUCAAUCCGGAUUUGGUCGUCGAUAUGAAACCGAGCCUGAAGCAGAGGAAAAUGUUGGAGGAGAAGUUGCGUAGGCAACAAAUGCGGGACGAAUACUUGCGCCGUAGAGAGGAGAUUAAUCAGUUGGGCCCGAUGGGCCCGAUGAUGGACGAAGAGAUGAUGUAUUGGGAGGAGAGACGGCGGUACGAGGAGGAGUGUGAAUAUUACGAAUGGUAUCGGCGUUACGGACGUGGACCUGGGGCGCCGCCGAUUCCACGGCCUUUCCCAGGCCCACCGCCUAUGAUGAUGUUUCCCGGACCUCAAAGAAGGCCUGAUUCCUCGGAUGACAAACACGUGCUAGCCCAUCACACAACCAUUUAUCCUAAGGAACAGGAACUGCUGGCAGUUCAGAAAAUAGUUUCGCACACCGAGAAGGCGUUGAAAUUUGUUUCUGACACGUUAGCCGAGGCCGGCAAGAAAGUAACGCCGCCUAUUACGAAUGCCACUACGACCCCAGCUGCAGCCACGCCGCAGCAGCAGUCGCAACAACCGCAACUGCCAAAUGCAGAUAUUAAGAUUAAGGAAGAUCCUGAUAAGAAGAAGACUACACCUACGACAGCGACGACGACGACGGCGGCAACCACGACUACGACGACGACGACGACGCCGCCGCAGAAAGAAGACGGUAGCGACGGUAAUUUGUUCUCGUUCCAAAAGGAGAAGGAAGAUUCUAGGAUAUUGAGAGGCGUAAUGCGCGUCGGUAACUUAGCGAAAGGACUUUUGCUUUCUGGCGAUAACCACGUUUGUCUAGUGGUUCUAUGCGCGGAAAAGCCGACACGAACUUUAUUGAACAAAGUCGCCGAGAUCCUGCCUGCACAGUUGAAAACUGUCGCUCCGGAUGACGCGUACAACGUUGGAAAGCAUCCGGAAUCGGCGGCGCUCACCGUUUCGGGAGGCAGCGUGACCGUUAGCGUGACCCUCACCAGCCCGUUGAUGCGCGAGACGCCAAAACCAGUCGCCGCUGCAGAUAAUGCUGGACAGCAGCAACAGGGAGCUGCUCAACCGCAAGCAACGCCCGCGGCGCCCGCUGUGACCAAACCAGAUCCACCAGAUGUACUUCCCAAGGCUAAGUGUUUGGAGGCUUUAGCUGCACUCAGGCAUGCCAAGUGGUUUCAGGCUAGAGCUACUUCCCUGCAGAGCUGCGUAAUGGUUAUUCGCAUAAUGCGCGAUCUUUGUAACCGUGUACCCACCUGGGGACCGUUGAACCCAUGGGCAUUGGAACUACUUACCGAGAAGGUCAUUAGCACCGCUGGAGGACCUCUCAGCCCCGGCGAGGCUUUAAGAAGACUGUUGGAAUGCGUUGCGGGAGGAAUAUUGCUUCCAGGGAGUCCAGGAUUAUCCGAUCCAUGCGAGAAGGAGCCAGUAGAUGCAAUAGGGAACAUGACGGCUCAGCAGAGGGAAGAUAUAACUGCAUCGGCCCAGCACGCUCUGCGAUUAGUCGCGUUCCGCCAGAUCCAUAAAGUUCUAGGCAUGGAACAACUUCCGCCACCGAAGUACAAGGGCCGAUACGCCAGGAAACGGAGACGCGAUAACAGCAACGGCGAGGGAACCGAUAGCGAGGCUUCGAAGAAAGAUAAAAAAACGGAGGAGAUCAAAAUGGAGACAGAUUCCAAGUAGAUCUACCAAAAUAUUCGCUUUAUCGAUUUUCUCAUAACUUAUAUAGCGGUAAGAAACAAAAUUUCGUUCGUGUCAAUUGCUUGUUGAAUCCGGGUGUUUUUAUGAUGGAAAGAUAAAUCGAGACUAAUGGGCCGUUGUAUCAUAAUUGUCUGAUUAGCGGGCCAGUUGGGUGUUACAAAAAAUGAGUUAAUGAUGUCAUAAUACCUUGAUGGUUGUCGGACGUAAAUGAGAUCGACGUGGCUUUCGACUAGCAUUAAGUUCGAUUUUAAUGACGUGUACAUCUUUAAUUCUUUACUUAAACAUUAAGUACGUUCUCGAAUUUCGGAAUAAGAAAUUGCAAUAUUUAAUUAAUCGAUCUAUUGGUAAUGAAGAAACAUGAUCGAAGCGAAUGAGUUAUUGCAGGCUUUUUCAGAUGCUUGAGAUCUUUCCCAAACAGGCAAUUGGUACGAUUAGUUCCCAGCACUAGGAUUUUGUCGAAGGAAAUGACGUCCGCGUUAAUUAGUUUCGAAUUAUUUACUUAGAACGUAUUUGGAAGUCGCGAUGUGUACGAUGAAGGAGUUUAAUAGAAACGAUGGUAAAAGGAAACUGAACAUUUAUAAGUUUUUGAAGUUAAGAAAGUAGGCUAGUUUGUAUCGAGGAAUUCGUGUGUAUGUUGUGUGUGUAGUCAUAAAGAGAGUGCAGGUUCUUCUGCACGUAACAGCAACAGCAACAGCAACUUUUAAACACCCGCAUCCCGCGUGUCACAAGCUCACGCAGAGGGUUUCCAAUAAAAACAGAAUCAAUUAUAGACGCUUUGAUGUCCAAUGAGGGUUUUACGUGCACGUGUCAACAUUUUUCUUUCUUUCCAAUUUCCUAUUUUGAACUAAAUAUAUAUAACAGGGAGUCUAAUAUUAUUUUUGAAGAUGUUCGUAAUUUUAGUUAGUUUUCUUUUUUGACACAGUGUAUGGAACUUCUGUUGUACACAAUGCAAAUUCUCUUUAAAUAAAUUGAACAUGUAUGAGACACAAUCAUAAGGUUUCUUUCACUACCAUAUUCCUCUGCAUUACUAUAAUAUUGCAAAAGUGCUUUUAUCACGAGAUGAAUCAUCGUUUAGUAAGACGAAGGCCACACACACAAUAGCACUCCGAUUGUACGAUUACGAUUGUUAAUUUUUUUACAAGAGCAGGACACUUGACAUGCCAACGAAGUUAACUUAUUUUUCUGGAUGGCACUGAGACUGAUAUUGUAUUAAUUCUUUAAUAAAACGCAAUAGAGAGGAGUCAAUAUGAAAAACGAAUUAAGAACUCGUGGAAUAAUGAUUUUACGUAGCAUUAACUUCGUUUAGCACAGCUAGUCUUUUCAAUAAAUCUCCUUUUUUUACAAUUUCAUUACCAAUAAAUAUGCUAUUGUUCUUAUUACUUCGAGUAGCGGACAUAAAUCGAGUGUUAAGCCAUUUCUGUUUCCUAUUUUUACAGUAUUAAACUACAUCUGUAAAUAUUUCAACUGCAGCAACGUGUAUCGUUAAUUUAUUGUAUUUUGGACCAAAUAUUAAUGUAACAUGACGUUGUAACGUCUGCAAAUAUUUUAAAAAGAAAAUUCGCAAACUGAACAAGAUAUGCGUGUGGAGCCUCGACGAAUAAUUCAUUUUUUUGCAGUAUUAAGAAUAUGCAAUUACAUAGUCCCCUAACGUAGAUGUCGAAGGUCCGCUGUGCCAUUCUAAUUAUAACUUUUUAAGAACAAUAUCCGAUUUGUUCCACGAGAUGGACUCCAUUUCCACGUUCGAACAAUGAAUUUAUGUAUUGUUCUUAGAACUUACAAAGUCUGCGAGUUUUCAUUUUCUUUCUGUUUUUUAUACCAACAAAGCUAACGAUUUGUUGUAAACCACGCGAUUUUGUAAUGGAUCGAAGCUGAUUCUUUGUUAAUAAUGGAGUAUUGAAUCAAUAUUGUAAAUAGUAACCGUAAGUAAAUGCUUGUUUUACA